AUGUCGGCCAUCAGCGAGCGAUCGCCCGUCUCCACGACGAGGUGGAACACCGACCGUCUGGGGACGCGCCUGGGGGUGGAUAUCGCCAGCGCGGCCACGGCGGGUGCGCUCACCUGCCCGGUCAUCACCGUGAUUGAUCGCGCGAUCAUCGAGAAAGCGGCCAAGGGCCUCCCGAUCCAACAAACGAUCACCUCAUGCUUCCGCUCCAUGGCCGCCCACCCGGGGGCCUUCUUCCUCAGCACGCCGUUCCUGCUGAUCUACACGUUGUACACCGCGACCUACCUGACGGCCAACACGAUCGACACGGUGAUGUCGACGAUGCGCGACAAGCCCUUCUCGACGGUCUUCCCCGGCACGGCUAAAUUCUUGUCGACGACGGUCGUCAACAUGGGCAUCUGCGUAUACAAGGAUGCCCGAUUCGCGAGGAUAUUCGGGGCGUCACCUCCCGGCAGUAAUACCCCCAGCACUACCACAACACCCCCCAAACCGAACUCCAACCUCUCCCCAACAAUCGCAAUCCCCCGCCCCCAACACACCACCGCCGCCUCGUGCCACCCGGCCACCGGCCCCGGCGCCCCCACCGUCCCGCGCAUCUCCUACGCCCUCUUCUGCCUGCGCGACAGCAUCACCAUCUUCGCCUCGUUCAACAUCCCCGCCCUGCUGGCGCCGCACAUCCCCGACCGCGUCGCCGCCACCCCGGGCAUGAAGGCGGCGCUGGCGCAGUUCAGCUGUCCCGCGCUCAUGCAGUUCGCCAGCACGCCUAUGCAUCUGCUGGGCUUGGAUCUGUAUAAUCGGCAGCCGCCCGGUGGGCUGGGGUGGCGGGAGCGCGUGGCGCGGAUCCGUAGGGAUUAUGUGCCGAGUUGUUUUGCGCGGAUGGGCAAGAUCGUGCCGGCUUAUGGGGUUGGCGGGGUGGUGAAUGUGCGGAUGAGGGCUUGGUUGAUGGGGGGGUUGGAGGGAAGGACAUAG